GGGUUGUAAAAACCAAUAUAGAUUUAUUUUUAUUUCUAUUCUUUUUCUACAAAAAUGGACAAGUAAACUUAUAAAAUCCCUAUUUCUAUACAUAAAUAGUCGAGAAAUACUUUUAUUUGCUCUCGUGCGGAUUAAAUAAUAUUAUCAUUAAAAAAAAUGUUAUUAGGGUUGGGACGAAUGCAUGAUUGACAAUGACAUGGUCUUAUUUACGUUUUAUUGAAGUCACUUGACUUUUUGUGAUAAGCAGCAUGUCCGAGUAAAACUAAUAGAAAUUCAAAAAAGUAAAAGAAUAUUUGUUUAGAAAAAGUGUUUAGUAAAUAUAAUUUGAGUUUUGUCAGCAAUACAAAUCUUUAUCGCAGUAUUUAUUAACAACGUACAACUACACUGACUCAUUUUUUGGUAACGUAUUUGUUGUUUUUACAGAUAACGGAUUUCUAUCAUAGCUGUUCUAACCAAUUAUUGGUAAAAUACUUCAAACUAUUAGCAAAAAAAAAAAAAAAAGCAGAUACAAUAUUAGUCCAAUACAUUAAUGAGUUCUAAUUUUGGAAUGUUAUUUUUUAUUUUCUUUGUAAUACAAGUUAUAAUUAACCAAUACGUUUAUAACCAAUUAGUUUCUGAAACGAAUGGGAUUCAAAUCGAGUUAAACAUUCCUCGUCAUGUAUUAUUAUCUUCAUCAUUACCUUAUAAUGAAGUAAAUACCCAUAUUCAGCCAAAAGCAAAUUAUAGCUUUAUGAGUUUUCAAGCUCACACACUCUGCAAAAAGGUAAUAACUUCGUUUUUACCUUAUUCAAAAUAUGGCUAUGAAAACAAUGCUUCUGAUUCAGGCAUUAUUCAAAUAGUUGACAAUACCUCGGUGACUACUUACAUUGGUAUUGAUUCAAAUAAAAUCGAGCUAAUAGAAGUUUGGUUAAUAGCCAUAGCUUAUAAAGUUCUGUCACCUAUACCAGGGGGAUGUUGCUUAACUUGCGCACUAAAUAUAGAUCCAAAUAUUCAUAUCAGUUAUGAUUCAAUACAAACAUUAUUAGUUUUUGAAAGAGCAAGCAAAUCUUAUGUGAAUACUUUAGAUCCUCCGAAGUGUGACGAUUCUGAUUUUCCUGACAGCUAUUCAUUGACCUAUGAUGUUUAUUAUUUAUAUUUAGAAUCAAAAGGUUACACAAAAAAAGGAUUUUACAAUGCUAUUUCAAAAAUGACAUCUCCUCUAGAUAUUAAAAAGCAUGGCACAUGGUUAACACAGAUUACUGGAGGUCAUAAGUUAGCUUUACAUGUUCAAACAGUUUUUGGAUAUGGUAUUGUAUUUAAUGUUAUAGUCUCAGAUCAAAGCCGUGGCUUGUUCUCAGCAUAUAUUCCAACCGUCACAUUUGGCUGUAAACUUACAUUAUCAGAUUUUAGCGCUUGCAUAUACAAAUCAACUUAUGGACUUGUUUUAUUGGUCAUUCUUGCAAUUUUUGGCGUUGUGCUAUGUUUUGCAGGAUUUAAAUACUUUCAUCUUUUUCUUUUUACUUGUGGAACACUUUUGUUUUGGAUUAUCAGUGUUAUUCUUAUUGCAAACAUUGUAGAAAAAAUUGAUUUUAAAGAUUUACUCGUGAUUUCAUCAUUAUGGUCAAUAUUAGGUGGUGCCUUGUUUUUGUUUUUAAAUAUCUUUAGAAAAUGUAUUUUUAUAAGUUUGUUAUGUGUUAAUAUCAUUUUGGCAUUAAUCGUAACUUCAAUUUUGUUUUAUACACCCUUUGGUGGCAUGGAUCUUUGGGUGCAAACUAAUAACUUUUGUAUUGCAUUUGCUUCCAUUGUUACUUUUAUUACCUUAGUUAUGCUUUUUUUCCCAAAAACCAGUUGUUAUUUAUGUUCUUCUAUUAUUGGAUCUUAUCUUGUUAUUCUUUUUGCAAACUAUUUUCUUCAAUCAAGUUUGCAUUUUAUUGUUCAGAAUGUUAUGUUGCGGCUAAUAGACUAUAAGAUAUCUAUUAAUUUCUUAAACCCUCCAUUUCAAAAGAAUGAGUUAAUUCUAGUGGUGAUUUGGUUUUGUUUAUUUAUUAUUGGAUUUUUUGUUCAAUGUUAUACAACUAAAAAACUUCCAUUCAAUAGACAUCCUGUAGUUUCUUCAAUGCCAAAAAAAUGCAAGAAUAAAACAGGUUCUUUAAAUAAUGAACGAACACCUUUGUGCAAAAAUGAUCAACCUGUUCCAAGAUCUUAUUCUACCAGUUCACCUCCUCCUGAUUAUUUCCAGGGUUGUUCUACAGCUUCUUUUCAAACAAACACAUAUCUAAACCCUUCUGAUGGAGUUCAAUCAUCUGUAAAUCCUUAUUGGAAUCAAGUUUCAUCAUUUCAGCCCUUACAGUACCCUGUAAACCCACCAUAAAAAAGGUAUAUAAAUGCAUACAAGUUUAAAAACGAAUUUGCUAUUUAAAAAUGAUCACCAAAAAUCUAUUACUUUUUAGCAAAAAAAAUUUUUUAAAGAUUUAGAAAAAUAAUAGAACAAGACACUGUAUAAUUAUACAAUCUCAUAAUAAUGAACUUUUAAAUGCAAGGUAAACAACAUGUAAAAGGUUAGAAUUCCAGCAAAAUGGUUGACAAUUUGUUAAUGAAAAUAGUUAUUUAUAAUUUUUGAUAAAGUCUUAAUUAAAACAUUGCAAUAAAUAUUUUAAAUAUGUUUUAUU